GGGUCUGAUAACAUCUUCCCAAUUGCUUGAACUGGUAUUACUAUCUGUAGAUUCUGCACCUACUUAUCUGCACGUUCAACAAGGCUCUCCACAAUAAUCGUAUCCAAGUCAUCGACAUUCAUGAAUCGAAUUUGGACUACAAUGCUUUCGCGGGAUAAUUUCCUAAGCUAAGCUUAGUCUUAGCAUCCCGAUGCCGUUCCGGUUGUCACUUAAGGUUUCCCAGUCUCAUACUCUACACAGGGCUGCUUUCCCUUCAAGCUAAACUGGCACUUUAAUAUGUUCUUUCACGUCCCAGCAGGUGACCUCAUAGAGCCACGCCUAUAUAAUACACGACUUUUACUGGAAUAAAACCCUGAUACCACCGUCACUAUGAAUCCUGCUCUGUUGGUGCCUCUGUCGGCCAUUGCAUACUUACUGCUCUCGCUUUUGCGCCGCCGGAAGUCAUUAAGGUUCAUCCAAGGACCACCUGUAUCCUCAUGGCUUUUGGGCCAUGAAUACGAACUAGCGAAUCAAGCAGAAGUAGGAGACCUGGAGUUCAAAUGGUUUCGAGACUACGGUACUGUGUUUCGUAGUGCUGGAUGUUGCGGGGAAGAUAUCCUGAUGGUAUCGGAUGCCGAGGCUCUACACCAUAUCCUCAAUACCGGUGGCUAUCGUUACCCGAAGACCAGAGACGCGGUCAGGUUCAUCAAACAAAUUAGUGGAAGGGGACUUACUUGGGCACAAGGAGCCGUACAUCAACGUCAUAAGAAAGCACUUAGUCCGGCAUUUUCAGAAUCUCAGUUACGGAUGCUCCUUCCAUUGUUCCAAAUGUAUUCGGACAAGCUCGCCCUUCGGUGGCGAGAACGAUUUGCUGAUUCUCAAAUUAUCGAUAUCUCUCAUUGGUUGCCAAAGGUGACACUAGAUGUUCUUGGUGAAAGUUCUUUCGACUUCCAAUUCGGAUCACUCGAUGACAAGUCCAGCGAUCUUCGUGUAGCUUUACAAACCAUGUUUGCCAGCUCUCAACGACCAUCCAAGUUCACACUUUUCUUGAGAGCAUGGAAACGAGCUUUACCAGACUCUGUAGUCGAAUAUUUCGAAGGAAUUUACGUGACGGAAGAAGAUAUUCGAUUUAAGGCUUAUGUAGAUGCGGCCAAAGGAGCUGCGAGAGAAUUGCUAGAAGAAAACAGCUUGAAUCUCGUGGCUAAUGGUGAAAAAAUCGCACAGGAGAAUCACGAUUACCUCAAGGGAGCUGAAGGGAAGAAGGAUAUGCUGAAUAUGCUUCUUCGAUCAAAAGCAGCAGAGGAUCCCAAGAAACGAUUGGAUGAUGACGAGGUGCUUUCACAAGUCUCGACCAUGAUUUUUGCCGGAUUUGAGAUAACUGCCUGUACAUUGACGUGGAUAAUAUACGAGUUGAGUCGGAAAAUCGAGGAUCAGCAGAAGUUAAGGGCAGAAAUCGAUGCAGUGUGGGUCAAAAGAGGCGACAAUGCUGUCUUAACGUCAAACGAUUACGAUACGAUGCCCUUUUUGAACGCUUGCAUUAAAGAAGGACUCCGACUCCACCCCGGAGUACAGUUCACGACACGCGAAGCUGAUUUGGAUGACGUAGUCCCACUGGCGCAACCAGUCAUAUCGACUUCUGGAGAGGUUUUGAAGAAGAUACCUGUGAUGAAGGGUCAGCGAGUGCAUAUCGCGAUCGCUGCAUACAAUCGAUCGUCAAGCGUAUGGGGUCCGGACGCCGAUCAGUGGAAUCCGUCGCGCUAUUUAGAUCCUUCAUCAGAGUCGAAGAAACAGCAGUCGAUGAUUGGAGUAUUUGGGAACGUGAUGUCGUUUGGUUCCGGGGUUCGCGCAUGUAUCGGUUGGCGUUUUGCUGUGAUUGAGAUGCAAGCCAUUCUUGUUUGUCUCCUGACACAAUUCGAAUUCGAGCUUCCUCCAGGCGGCUUGGAUAUUCAAACGGUGCCAUUACGAUCCAUGAACGCACCCAUGCUGAGAGGGAAAUUGGAUCAGGGACUCCAGAUGCCAUUAGUUGUGAAGAGGCGUGUAAGAGCUGAUGUCUGAUAAUAUAAAUAAAACCUGAAUGAUAGGACCUUCAACGGACCCAUUGCUUUCUUAUUGUGCUGCAGCUAUGUAUGUACCGUGUACAGUAGUGAGUGAUUGAAUUAGUAGGAUGCAUAGAACAGCUUUGACCGGCUUUGCGC